ACGCGAUGUAAACAAAAGGAGGAAUAGGUUGGUCUUCGUCUUCCUGCUUGUCAUUCAUCCCAAUGCUCAGAAUUUAUUACUAGGACAGAAAUUUCAAAAGCAUGUCCAAGAAAAUAGAGGACAGUGAACUGCAAACGCUUACCUUAUCGCCGACCAACACAAAUGAUGAUGAGUGUUCGCCCUUUGUCAACCUUGCUAGUGAUGAGACCUCCUUCCCCAUCAGCCCACCUCAGUCAUACUCAACUGUGGCUAACAUGUCCUAUCACGAGGUACCACUGCAGGCAGAAGGGACAACAUCAUCCACAGUUACAAAAGACGAGAAGAAGAAAGUGGAGAGGCUCAUAAGUGCCCCAGUGAACAGUGUCAAGGUUGCGCCCAAUCUGCGGGUUUCGACACCCCCAGGGUCAACCAGGAUAACCUAUUCCAAUGAGCGUUCAAAUGAGAGGAAAAUUGACCUGAGCAAGAUUAGUCGGGAUCGGCCAACCCCCGGAAAUACCCUGAGCCAAAAGAAAGAUCCCCUGCGCCAGAUGGACCUCAGGAGUCGGGACCUGGAGGAUAGCCCACAGCCCUCUCCAGGUUCUCAUCUAGCCCAGGGCGCAAAGAGUAGAAAGGGAGACUUUGGUGGCGAGUCCGGUCUCCUAAAGCCCAUCCCUAGUUAUACCCCAGCCAGCCGAGAGAGCUCCAGCCUUACCCCGUCAGGCAAAGGUGGGGGUAUCAGCAGCACCCCAAGUAGUGCUGGGGCCACACUCAACACCUCACUAGGUAAGGCAAGCACAAGCUCCAGAGUGUGGCUGGGUAAACCAAUAGUCCGGCCAGGGCUCAGGGCAAGGGCAGGCUUAGAGCCCCGGCAAAUGGAAAGGCCUACACAGCAUCACAACUUCCUCGCAGAUGUGGCUGAUGUGCGGCAGAUCGAGCAAGGAUUACUGCAGCUCAUGGAAGAUUUUCAAGCAGGAAAUCUCAGAGCAUUUGGCAAAGAUUCCCGCCUGCGUCAGAUGGAAGCCAUUAGAGAGCAGCAAGAACGAUUGGCUCGACUACAUUUUGAAGUUGGUGCUGAACAGGAUCUCUACCCACCAUUAUCUGAGGAAGGGCUCAGAACAUCACAUGACAAUAUGCGCACAUUGAUGGAGAAACUAGCCCAACUGUCAGAGUCCAUUGAGAGACUUCACACCAACACCAGUAGUGAUAGAAAAACCAGUAGCAGUGAGCGCAAAUCAGGUGUCCACCAAAUGGGUGGAGGCCAAACAAGUAGCCGUGGUAAUGAGCAUGCAAACCACACCAACUUUCAUUCUGGAGGAACAGCGGCUCAUCAGACACAUGAGAAUCAGCAUAGACCCAACAAUCCCACAGGUACUCCCAACCGAAACUCUGGGAAUCCCAUGCAACACAGCUUUAGUACGAAUGUCACCAACACCUCUAUCCACCAAUCAAGUCCAGGAAAUCCCCGACCCUUGUCAGGACAACAUCGCAGUAGAAACACACCUGUGCAUCACACAGGACUAGUUAAAAAUGGAACAGUGCUAGAGUCAUCAUGAUAGCAGUGUUCUGUACAUAUUGAAUUCAUGUAUAGCUCCAACAUGGUAUUUUUGGUACAAUAAAGUAAUUUUGAUAAUGUGUUAAUUCACCUCACUCUCAAAUUUGUUUUCAUACCAGCAGUAGAUAGAGUACUUGUGGUUAUGCAUGAAAUGAUUUUUGGGAUUUCCUUUAAGCAAGGACUGUAGCCAAAGUGCCCUGUAUUUAGUAAGGCAUCUCCUCAAGUUGAGUGUAUGUAGCUGAACUUGUAAUCUGAUGUUGCAUUCUUUAUUUACUGACUUUUGUCAUGAGAUGUAAAUGUUUUGUAUACUUGUCACUAUGAAAAUCUGUCCUUUCUCUUAAUAUUUUUAUUAAUUAUCAUUAGAUAUGCAGAUAAGCCUAGAGGGUUCAUGUAAAUAAUGAUAAAAAAGUGAAGCUCAAAAUGGACUUACACCGAUUCAUGUUAUUUAUUUACUUGUUUUCAAAAACAUUAUCUUCUCUCAUCAAUACCCAAAAUAUGAAAGUGAAUUUUCCUUCAAUUAUAUUAUGUAAUCUCUGAACUGUACCAACAAAAUUUUUGUGUGAAGGUAGAGUUGAAAUUGCCUAAAAAAGCAGCAAUGUUUAAUAUGAUUGCCUUUGUAGAAAUUUACAAAUUUUAGGUGGUAAGAUUUAAAUGAAAAAAUAUGAAAACAUCAGGAAACUACAGCCAUAUAUAUAUAUAUAUAUAUAUAUAUAUAUAUAUAUAUAUAUAUAUAUAUAUAUGGUUAAUAUGUUAAUUAACUUGUUGUCAAACUUAAUCCUUUGUUUAGAGGAAAUUGCAUAGAAUUCAUAUAAAAGGGUACAACUUGCCAGUGUGAAUUGCAUAAAAGCAGUUUCUUGGGAUAUUGUUUGGAGGGGGAAAUCCAUAAAAUUUAACCUUACUCUUCCUUUGUGUUCAUAUGUGUCAUAUGCAGUUUCUCUCCAGCUAAAAAAUUAUUUCUCAACAAAUCCAUUAUUCAUUAUUAGAAAUUUUAGAAGAUGAAGUAACUAAAAAGUUGGGGAUCUUUUAAAAUGUCUUAAGGGUUUAGUUAUGUUCUAUUAUUGAAUGUGGUUAUGAUAACUGAUGUGAUUUUCAUUAUGUGAUUAUUAUUUAUGUUUAUAUAAUGAUAUGUAGGUCAAGGGAAUAUUUGCCUUAUUUCUUAUAGUGAAGAAUAUCAUGUGAACAAGUUUGUUUCAGUAAAUUCUCAUUUUCAUCUUAUUUUCCUUGUCUCACUCUUUAAUACUCUGAUAUUGUUUUUGUGAUUGUGUUUUGUUUGUGUUAUGCUUGUAUUUUAUUCUAUCAUCUUUUGUCAAAAAAAAGUGAUUGCACAUAUGAUAUUUGGCUUCCUUUUCCCAAAAAUCCCCAAGUCUGCCUAGCAGUAAUGGGCCCUCUUUUCAUCUUCCUCAAGCUAUGUCCAGGUCCUGCUAUAUCUUUUACUCUUAAGGACUUGACAUUCAGAGCAUUGUUUUAGUUGGUGAAUUAGAAAUGUAUAGUAUUAUUCCCUACUAUUAUGUAGCAUAUUCUCAGGUUUUCUUCACUUUACCAUUUUCAUGGUUUUGAUCAUCAAGCUUUGAGCAUUUCUGUAAUAAAUAAAAGAAAAGAAGUGCACACAAAAGAACUUUACUAGAAAGGAUCAAAUUUUUGACAAUGUAAAAUAGCAAUAACUCAACCCCCUAAAGGACGUGCAUCCUGUAUUUAAGCAUGCUUGGGUAUGGAUGGAAGGCCGCUGCACCAUUAUUCCCGCAGGCCCCACAGAAUGCCAGAAGAUGAUAAUGAUGUUUUCAAGUCUUAAGUUAUAGAUUGAGAUCUUUUGGGUCCUGAAAUGCAGUGCUUUUUUUGUGUGUGCAGACUGAUUUAACCCAAUGCCGUCGGGGAAAAUGAACAAAAAAUGGGGAAAAUGCUGUGCCCAUUUUCUAUAUUUUUUGUGAAAUGUCUGCUCAUAGAUGGCUUU